AUGGAUAACCUCACGAGAGACGACUGGAGGGAGAUUGUGAACAAAAAGCUUCACUUUCCGCCCGAGUUGAUCCUCGCCAUCCAAGAGGGCAACGCUGCCUGGGUGGACAGUCUCCUCUCGCUUGGGGAUGGGAUCAUUCGUCAGCUCGACGAGUCUGAAGAUCGGUUAUGGAGGGAAGCGCUGAACCUCUCCAUCCGGCUGGGCAGAGAAGACAUCAUGUCAUCCCUUCUGCUGGGCGUUAAAUUAGACUUCCGUCAGAUCCACGAAGCUCUGCUGGUGGCCGUAGACACCAACCAACCUCAAGUGGUCAAAAAGCUCCUGGACCGUCUGGACCAAGAGAAAGGCAACAAGAUGGACGUCCGUUCCUUCAGCAUGGCCAUCUUCGACCACUCCAUUGACGAUUCGCAGUUCGCGCCCGGAGUGACGCCACUCACGCUGGCCUGCCAGAAAGACCUUUAUGAGAUAGUCAUGAUGUUGACCCAGAAAGGUCACGAUAUUCCUAUCCCGCACACCAUCUCCUGCACGUGCUUGGAGUGCCGGAAUGCGCGUCAGUAUGACUUGCUGAAGUUCUCGCUGUCCCGCAUCAAUACGUACAGAGGCAUCGCAAGCCGCGCUUAUCUGUCCAUCACUUCAGAGGAUGCCAUGCUCAGCGCGUUCCGCCUCAGCCGAGAGCUGCGUAAACUCUCCAACAAAGAACCAGAGUUUAAGCCUGAGUACCUCGCUUUAGAACAGCUGUGUCAAGAGUUCGCCGUGGAGCUUCUGGGAAUGUGCCGGAACCAGAGCGAGGUCUCCACCAUCCUAAACAGUGCCGAGGAGGACAGCGAAGAUGAACUGAAUGAACAGACGUUUGAGGAAGGCAUUCCAAACCUCGCUCGAUUUCGGCUCGCCGUCAACUACAAUCAAAAACAAUUUGUGACUCAUCCCAUCUGUCAGCAAGUGCUCUCCUCCAUUUGGUGUGGUAACCUGUCUGGAUGGAGGGGGAGUCGGACGUCUUGGAAACUGCUGGUGUCUUUGGGGAUCUUCAUUACUAUGCCAGUCUUGUGUCUGGUUUAUUGGAUAGCCCCCAAGUCGAAACUCGGCAAAAUGUUGAAGAUCCCGGUGAUCAAAUUUCUUCUGCACUCGGCAUCGUACAUGUGGUUCGUCAUCACCCUCCUGGGCGAGUCGAUUUUCAUGGAGAUCUACCGCACAGACUUCGCCUCCCGGAAGCAGAACCUUCUCCAUAACUCUCUCCAUAUGAUAUGGGUUGUGGGUUUCUUCUGGUUUGAGUGCAAGGAGGUGUGGAUCGAGGGUUUGAAGGGUUACUUUCUGGAUUUAUGGAACAUUCUGGAUAUGAUGGUGCUGAGCAUGUAUCUGGCAUCUUUCACGUUACGAGUGCUCAUCAUGCUGAGGGGAGUUUUCCUGUGUGAUGACCCCAGCACGCAGGAGCUGUGUGACUACUUCACCAACUCUAUACGUGAAAACUGGAGACAGGAGGACCCUCAGCUCAUUGCCGAGAUCCUUUUUGCGGUGACGAGUAUGUUGAGUUUCACGCGUCUCGCCUACAUCCUCCCGGCUCAUGAAUCUCUGGGAACACUGCAGAUAUCUAUGGGAAGAAUGAUAGAUGACAUGAUGAGGUUCAUGUUCAUCCUCAUGAUUAUUGGAACAGCAUUUCUAUGUGGAAUAAACAACAUAUAUGUCCCUUAUGUGGUCUCCCCACACCUCGGCAGAUUGAACGAAACCUUUAACUUCCUCUUCUGGACCAUGUUUGGAAUGGCCAGCCAGGAAUAUGUGGACAUGCCUGAUUUUGUUUUGGCUGAGUUUGUUGGAAGGAUCUUCUACGGGAUCUUCACUCUGCUCAUUGUCAUAGUGCUGUUAAACAUGCUUAUCGCCAUGAUCUCCAAUUCCUUUCAAAGGAUCGAGGAUGAUGCAGAUGUCGAGUGGAAAUUUGCUCGCUCUAAACUCUACCUCAGUUAUUUCAGGGAGGGUCUCACCAUGCCAGUUCCUUUUAACAUCAUUCCUACUCCCAAGUCUAUGUUUUAUGCCUUAAGAAGCAUCUUCCAAAAGAUAUGCUGCUGCUGCAAGAAAAAAGGCCCAGAAUAUCCUCCCAUCACAUCUAUGUCUGGCAAUAUGCUGAAAGGUCAAGGGGAGGGCAGAGCGCCAUACCGCCUGCAGGUGACUAAUGCGCUGGUUCAUCGCUAUAUCGAAGCUGCACGUAGAGAGUUUGAGGAGAGUAAACGUAAAGAUGUGGGGAACAGAAUUACCGAGCUCAACAAGGCUGUCGGACGAGUGCACGCAGAGAUGCAGGACCACCAUCAGAAGCUAAAUUGGCAAAACAAGGGCGAGCCAGACCAGGCCAACAUUCUGGGCAAAUACAUCUUGGGGGCAAAGAAUAACUUCCGUGACUUUAAUAUAAAUGAACCCGUCAAGUGUGAAAAUACAGUUCUGCAAAUCAGCAUGCACCAAAAAAAGGAGGAGAAAGAAACAGAUAUUCAUGCAGGAGGGGAUGUCUCAGAGGAGAGAGAGGAGGAGACAGGGUUUGAGAGCCCCACGGAGACGCUCCCGGAGGAAGAGAUGACUUUUGAGACCGUUAGCACUCAUGAUGAAUCAGAAACAAACACCAACGACUAG